UCCAAUGUUUCUUCAGCAUUAUAAGCGUGUGUUGUUUAUUGGUAACAGUACUUACUGUUGAUAGAUUACCAGAAGAUGGAUGGGCGUCUUACAGGGCGGUACACACCUGUGUGGAUUAAAACACAUAAAGACAAAACGACAGAAGAUCUCAAUAUUUAUUAUAAUACAGGACAAUGUUCACAUCGAUAUUUCUAUUAGUGAUUACUUAUUCCUUUUCAGGAACUUUCUGUUCUGCUCUCGUUGUCGAUGGCGGACAUGACCAUGGCCACGGAGGUCAUGAUACACAUGGCCACGGGGGUCAUGAUACACAUGGACACAGUCGUCCGGACGUUCAUGGACACGGCGGUCAAGAUACGCAUGGACACGGUGGCCAAGAUGUUCAUGGGCACAGUCGUCCAGGGGUUCGUGGACACAGCCGUCAAGAUAUUGAUGCAAUCCUAGGUCAAUUUGGGCAUGGACCCGGUGGCCAAGAUUUGCAUGGACACAGUGGUUAUGGGGGUCAAGAUGUGCAAUGGUUCACGGAAGUUGGCCCAGAUGGAAUACCUCGUGAAGUACAGUUAACUAUGGACGAGGUCCAGCGACGUCUCCGAGAUCAACAAGCUCGUGGAAUCACCGACACAAAGUACUAUGGACCAGAUGGUCUAGUGACAAUAGACAGGGGGCGAUUGAGGCCUGGGGAAUUGUUCCCUGGAACAGGCGACCCAUGGGUCAGGGAAACCUUUGAAGAAGAGAAAAGAAGGUUGGAACUGGAAAGACUAAGGAAAGAAAGACUUGAACAAGAAAGACGAAUAAAAGAGCUGGAAAAACGUCUGGCCAAUGAACGAAGACAAAAUACAAAUAGAGGAAGGCCAAUUAGAAGGAGGCCUAAUCGAGUAAAUAAUCGAAGACAAUUAAACUUUCGUAGAACACCUGGAGGAAAUACUCGCCGACGAACUGGGGGAAACACACGUGUACGAAAUGGAGGAAAUACACGCGGAAGAUCCUCCUCACGAGGACGGGGUGUCGCACGUGGGAGACCGCCAAACAGAGGUCAGGAAAAGAAAUCAGAGAAGAAAGAAAGUAAAAGACCAAGGGGUUUGAUUUCGCGCUGGCUAGAAUCCAACCGAAAGCUGAUGGAUAAAGUAACCGAUAGAAGGCCAAGAGGUUUUUUCUUUGGAUAAAAAUAAAAGGACAUGAAUGAAUGCUUUAAGACGAACAUCAUGCAAGAAAUUCAUAGUUGAUAUCGAAAUUUUAAUGUCUCAAGCAUCUAAAAGUAGAAUUUGUGCUUGUCGAUUAUAAUGAUUAUGAAUAAGUGAUUGAUUAGUGAAUAACCAAUUUGUGAUGACGAAUUGAAUGCAAAACAAUACACAUGUAAUUCAAUUUGAUAUAUUUUUACUUUGUAAGUUGAAAGACAUAAUUGUGAAUUGUCGAGCUACACACACACAAUCAAAUGUGGAAAUGGCGCUUAGUAAAAAUUUUCACCAAAAAUACCUGUUUAUUUGUCUCUUUUUUGCACAUGUCAAGGAGGGCUAAUUGUCACGAAAAGCUAAUUUAGAAAUCCGAUACGAGUAUCUAUUAACAAUGUAAACGUGGUUGCAAAUAUAGUCAUUAGUAUAACACGAAUAUUCUAGAGGUCUUACUGAUAAAAGGUUGAAUUUUUCUAUUUUAAAAUCAUAUUUUCAACUGUACAAAGGUUUCCUUAAAAGUAAUAUGCUCAUUUUGAUUAUACCGAAAUUGAUUCGUGUGUACUUUCACAGCAAAAUUAAACGUUUUCUUACCUUUCCCUUCCUUUGCGCUUCACUAAAAUUAUUCUUUAUGUU